AGAAUAUCUUUUGAAGUCUUAAAAGGUAUAUAAGCAGACGACUAGCUAUGUUUAAUCAACACAAUAAACAUAUUUGAACUUUUUUGAAUUAUAAAUAAUGGUCGCUGUCGGAUUUUCUUUACCUAAAGUUACUCUCUGGGAAGACAAGCCCAACCAAAACGUUGAAUUGCCUAGCCAAGGCAAGAUUAUCGUUGUCGGUGUCCCCGGCGCUUUCACUCCUCCUUGCUCUUCUCAUGUCCCUGGCUACGUCGCCAACGAAAAGGCCUUUGAAGCUAAGGGCGUGGCCGGUAUUUACAUUGUUGCUGUCAAUGACGUUUUCUGCACUGCUGCCUGGAAGAAGUCUUUUGAAGGCGGUGAACAAAGCAAGGUUCACUUCCUCGCUGACUGGAACGGUCAAUUCACCAAGGCUUUCGAUGCUACCUUUGACGCCAGCGGCCUUUUAGGACCUCUUCGCUCUAAGCGUUAUGCCGCCGUUGUUGAGGAUGGCAAGGUUACCAAAUCUUUUGUUGAAGAUGAGGUCACUAACGUUGGUGUCACUUCUGCUGACAAUGUCCUCAAGUCUCUCUAAAUCAAAACGUAAACAACAGAAUUUACAAAGAAAAAGAGCAUGAACAAUACAUUCAGGAACGAAACUAGAUGCUCUCGUUGAUGCAUGGUAACACCGUGUCAUGUCAUGAUGUAUUGAUGACGAAUAGAUGUAAUGAAUGAAAAUUGUCUUAGUGUUUCCGAUUAAUAUGAUAGAUCGUCGUGUAAGGUAAUCGUAAUAUGAUACUGUUUAGAAAUCCA